GAGGGGGCGGGGCCCGAAUGCGCGCGCGGCGGCGACUCCCUCCCGCCCUUUGCGAGCGAGGCUCCAGGCGGCGCCGGCGGCGCCCGCCUGCCCGUCAGUCAGUCCGUCUGUCCAUCCGUCCAUCCCUUCGUCCGCGGCAGUGAAACAGCUGUGCGCUUUGGAUGAUGGUAGUGCCUGGAAAUGCCCCGGUCAUACAGCAGGAUCGUGCUCUGGAGCCUGACUUAGGACGAGGCUCAACGGAGAGCUCUGCCAUGGGCCCAGACGCGGAGCCGGCAUCCGAGGAGGUUGGCCCAGAGCUAGAGGAGGUGCGAAAGCUGAGGGAGCUGGUGAGGAGACUGGAGAUCGAGAAUCAGCACGCAAGAACAAAGAGUAGCAGGAGCAUGCUUGGGACAAACACGCAAAGUGAGAUCCAUACUGGUGUAGAUAACCAUGGCUCUGCUCUUAAUGAGAUGGAAAUUAAUAAUAGCAUCAAUGCCAUAACUGAGAAGCAAGAAUUGCAAAUAAUGGCAGACCUGCGCACCCAGUUAAGCAAAAUAAGAAAAGAGGAAGGAGAGAACAACUGCUUAAAAAUAGACGUAGAUGCCCAAACGCAGUAUAGUUUCAACAGUGCCACAGCGGAUUUGUCUUCCAACACGUGUAAGGUGGGAACAAAGACCGAUGAUGACAGUAGAUGUCCUUCGCGUGCGGAUACGAGCAAUAGCACAGAGCUGACGGGAAGCUUGGUCACUGCAGGUAUUGAUUCCUCAGUUAAAAUAAAUGAACAAAAUCCCAGUGAAAAAUGUGGAGAUCUAGAAAGUCUUCCGAAUAACGCAGACCUGGAUGAAGUGAAAGUGUUAGAACUUGAAAAUUGCGAUGGAGAAGAAGAUAGCUGGCUCUACGUGUCCCCAAGAAAAUCUACAGAACUGAAAACGGACUCACCUUUAAAAUGGUACCGCCAGGUGUUGGAUAAUCCCAGUCCCGAGACAGAGGCAGCGUGCCGAACUCUCAUAAACCGACUUGAUCAAGCCAGUAGAUGGAAAAACCUGUAUUGCAGUCCAUUGGCAUCACCAAGCGCACAUAAUUUGAAUACAGAGACAGGCUCCUGUAGCAAUGCACUAAACUCUCCCGGGCAUCUCAAAUCGACUAACAAAGCACUACUAACCUGUGGCAGCUCAGGUUACCUGAGCAUGCAUUCUGCACUGAGCUCUCAGUCAUCUGUGGACAGCGAGCUGAGUACAUCUGACGACUCCAUCUCCAUGGGGUACAAACUGCAGGACUUGACUGACGUCCAGGUUAUGGCACGCCUUCAGGAAGAGAGCCUCCGUCAGGAUUGUGCCUCCAGCUCUGCUUCUGUAUCACGCCGCAGUUCCAGUGCCUCCCUUCACUCUCUGCGAAGAGGUACCUACAGUGACCAGGAGUUCGACACGUACAGCCUGGAGGAUGAGGAUGACUAUGAUUGUUCCCUGUCAUACCGCAGCGCUCACAGAUACUCUCCGUCCCCUCUCAGUUCGCCCCGAUGUCAGUCCCCUUCAUCCAGUGCAGAUUAUGGCAGGUCAUCUGCUUCCCGUAUCCGUCCCCCAAGGAGAUCUGUGCAAAGCCCGAUGCAAGACCGGCUCAAGUACGCCAACAGCGAAGAGGAGAUGCGCCACAGCAUGCCCAACCUGGCCAGGACGAGCCUUCGAGCUCUGGAGUCUGUACGGAGCAGUCGGAGCUUGGAGUCAGAUCUGCAGGUGCCCAGCAGUCGAAUUCCAAGAACGCAGCAGCGGUCAGCAGGUCUGGCUCCCAGUAAGCUCAGGUAUUCCUCCGGUGCUGGGCAGUCUCCCUUAACAGUGCGCCAGCCAAUGAAAGCAGGGUCAUGCACAAACUCUCUGUUAACACCCAGGCAGCCAGUGAAAGCCUGCAGUUACACAAGUCCCGUUAGUGGAGUUCGAAAACCACAGGCACCUUCGCUUAGUACAGGCUCUUCCAGUAGCAGUUGCACUACCAGAAGCAGUAACAUGGUCACUGUGGCAAAAAACUCACCCAUUAAAGCACGCACGUCCCUCGGAGGAAUCUCGGUGCCCAAGAGCAAGCCAACACCGCCAUCCAAGAGAUUUCCCCAGUCAGCGCAGGCCACUCAGGACGAGUCCUGGAAGGACGGGUGUUACUGACCACCCAACCGCCUCUGUGAAGCAGACCCCCAGCUGGCUGGGCGUAAGAACGUUAUUUGAAACUGAAACUCGAGAGCCCCAUCAGAUUGCAGCCUGACGUACGUAGUUCCUCUCCUCGACCGCUAACUCUCCUCGCCUUCCGCUGCUCUGCCAACAGCCUGACCUCCUAGGGGCGGAACAGACAACGGCUUUACUGCGUUUCCACUGUUCGAAACGUUACUGAAAUCCAAGUCUUCACGUGAAGACUGAAAAUAGCCUUAUUUCACGUAAACCUCCACUUGCAGCCCUUGGGAAGGCUCAUCACAAACGACACGUUAGGUGACCGGCUCCUGAGGGCGCUUGCUUAAAAAGGCAGCUGUUUGUGCCAGAAAGCAGCGUUGCUGUGGCGCGGGGAGACUAGACAUAGUUACAUAGAUGUUAGAAGUAAGACUUUUUAAACUCAACCUGAUGUACUCUAAUAUUUGUCUGAAACUCAGCUGGUUUUGGUUGGUUUUUUUUUUACUUCUGUAUAGAAUGUAUUUCUGCUACUUUUUAUUGUUUGUUCUAGAAGACAAAGCUGGUUUUUAUAACUGUAGUACACUUCAAGCUGUUGCAUUCGAGUGUGUGCAUCACGGUUCACAAGUGGAGGAGCAGUACACAAUAUUUGUGUGGGUUUGGGAACAGGCAGUCGCAGGGACAGGGGAUGCCCUUUAAAAACUGCUGUUUACCAGCACCUUCACAGCUCAGAUGAGGAAGUUAACGAACAUGGGUUAGAAGGACACUUUUUAAAAAUAACCCUCCCUGACUGAUUCGACCUGAAGUGUCUCCCAUCUCUUUCAGCUAGCCCCUAACUGCCCUGGUUUUGUAGUUUUCUACUGUCUCUUUGGCUAUGAAGGAUUCUGUUUCAGUGUCCUUUUCCUCAGCGAGUGCUGGAUGCUAUGAAUACAGUCUUAGUACAGGAAAAUAUGCACUGAUAGCGAUGUUCUCCCUGCCAUCAAUGUGAUUUUGAUAGUGUAGUUUAAUAAAAUGUUAUGGUGCUGAAAUAGAUCUGCUUUAUUCAAACAGCGA